AAGCGGUCGCUCAGUCGCGCUGAUAUUGAGAGGAGUUUUCUGGAAUUCGGAAGAAAUUUCAUCAGGUUCCUGUUUAAUCAUGGCUGUGGAUGUCCAGGACCUCCGCUACAAACAGGUAGCCUACAAAAUUGGUAAAUCUCUCUCUCCGGAAGAAAUCCAUGACUUCAAAUUUCUUUGCAAAGACAUUCCAGGCUUCACCCAAACAGAUGUUGAUGAGAUUUCCGAUGGUCUGGCCCUUAUUACCAAACUUGAACAGCUGGAUGUUCUUACAAAAGAAAAAGUAGAUUUGGUGGUGAAUUUUUUGUCUUUGGUGAAUAGGAAGGACUUAGAAGGCGACUUGAAGCAAUAUGAACAAGAGUUUAUUACAAGGUCAAUGGAAGGGCAAGUAGGAGGGCCAGUAGCUCAACCAAUGAGCGCACAAUUUCAGCAGAACAAUGGAUACCAAUCAGCAGCUUUCAACUCACAGAAUCAACCAGCUGCAAUGGGAGAAGAUCUUAGUACUGAAUUUGACGUCAUCGUUGAGAACAUUGGCCGUGACUGGCGACAGCUGGCAAGGCGUCUGGGUCUAACUGAAGUUGAUAUUGAAUGCAUCACUGAGAACCACAGCAGGAAUCUGAGGGAACAGUCCAGACAGGCUCUAUGGAUGUGGAAGAACAAACACAGGAGAGAAGCUACAAGGCAGGCACUCAUUGCUACCCUCAGGAAAUGCAAGAUGAACUACAUUGCUGACAUUGUGGAAGGGUAUAUAAAUCCUUGAAGGAAUCAUCAAAAUAGUCAAGAUUUGAAACAUGGUAAGGAUGUUCAUUAAGGUUUGAAGGCAUUGUCAAACAGUUCGUCAAGGUGUGAAGGCAU